UCUCUCUCAUCAGUGAUUCUUUUUUUUUACUUCUCGAGCACUGCAUUUGUCGCGUUCAAUUGGCAGCGGGGUGUGCAUGGCCACACGCACGCACGCACAGAUACACAGUCAUGGUGCGACGGUAUGCGCCGGUAUGGCGGUGGUCAGUGGCCGUGUUGCUGGUGGUGGGUCUGAGUUUGUUGCGGGCGGAUGAGCAGGAGGAGGCUGGUGCUGUGACGGCGCCCGAGCUGGAUGCGGAGGCGACGCCCGAGCACGAGAAGCGCUUUGCUCAGGGGAUGGCGUUGAUUGCCAACGAGGCCGUGCGUGAGGGCUAUCGCGUUGUGCAAGAGGCCUCGGACCUGGGCAGUGACGCGGCGCGUGUGACCCUGGCUCUGAGCUACCUCUACGGCAACAGCACGGCCACCCCGCGCAACUUGACCCGGACCUUUAUCCUCUGCAAGGAGGGCGCUGAUCAAGGCCUGCCCGAAAGCGAGUGGUGUCUCGGUUUUCUCUAUGCCAUGGGUUUGGGUGUGGACGCGAGCCAAGCCAAGGCCCUGCUCUAUUAUACUUUUGCUGCCCUCGGAGGCAGCAUCAACGCCCAAAUGUCCAUGGGCUUUCGCUACAUGUCGGGUGGGGCCGUGGCCAAGGAUUGUGAGGCCAGCCUGGGGUACUAUCGACCCGUCGCCGAAGCUGUUGAAGCAUUGGUUCACGAAGCCGGCGCAGUUGUCGUGGAGCGUCAGCGCAUUAGCAUCACGGGCCACAAAAAGGCGCGCACCAUGGGCAGUCCCGAAGUGGUGCAAUAUUACCAAUACUCGGCCGACCGAGGCGACGCCCCAAGCCAGUUGACCCUGGGUCAAUUACACCUGCAGGGUCACGGCGUUCCACAAGACUUUCAACGCGCGCGCCACUAUCUCGAACUCGCUGCUGGCAACGGUGACCCCGAUGCCAUGGCUUCGCUCGGCGACAUGUACGUCAACGGCCUUGGCGUGGAACAAGACAACGCCACCGCCCUCAAGUAUCUGGAAACGGCUGCCCAACGCAACAGCGCUGCCGGCCGUACCAGCCUCGGCGUCAUGUACCUCAACGGCUGGAGUGUUCAGCGUGACCCGGAAAUGGCCUACAAGCUCUUUCACAAAGCUGCCGCCGCCGGCCACCCAGACGGUCAGCACAAUCUGGGCAGUCUCUACUAUAGCGGCACUGGCACCACCAAGGACUACCGCAAGGCCAUGCACUACUUUACUCUGGCCGCACAGCAGGGCCACGUCCUGGCCAUGUACAACCUGGCCCUCAUGCAUGGCCAUGGCAUUGGCACAUCCCGCUCUUGUGAAUCAGCUCGCGGCCUGCUCAAAAAUGUGGCCGAGCGCGGCGAGUGGGGUCGGGAACUCAUGAACGCCCAUGAGAUUUACGAGAGUGGGGACACGGAUGAGGCCCUCUUGCGGUACCUCGUGCUUGCUGAAAUGGGCUACGAGGUGGCGCAGCACAACGCCGCGCUUCUCAUGGACGCGGGCCGCAGCACCUUGUUUCCCUUUGAUCGCAUCGACGUGCAACAGCGUGCCCUGCUCAACUGGCAGCGCUCAGCUGACCAAGGCGCGACCCAGUCCCGCCUCAAGGUCGGCGACUACCACUACUACGGCCUUGGCGUUGACGCCAGCCUCGAAGCCGCAGCUCAAGAAUACCGCUCCGCCGCCGACCACAACAACCAUCAGGCCAUGUUCUACCUCGGAUCGAUGCAUCACUUUGGCCUCGGCCUCGAUCGGGACCUCCAUCUUGCCAAGCGCUUCUAUGACCUGGCCAUCGAGACCUCGGCCGAAGCCUAUGUCCCCACCAUCCUGGCGUUAUAUCACUUGUACGGCCUGUUUGCGCUCGAGUAUGCCCAAGAGUACUUGCAUAACCUGGAGCUGCCCGCGUCUCUUGCCAAGACCAUGGAUGUCAUGAUGACGGGUGAUUUCGACGCUCUCAUCGAAGGUAACGAAAUGCCAAUUUUGAUGUUUUUGACGGCACUGCUGGUUGUGGUGCUCUUGACCCGGCAGCUACGCCGCCACCAAUACCAGCAGUUUGUGCUAGCUCAGCAACGCCUGGCCGAGGCUCAGCGCCAACGUGAGGCCGCGGCGGCGGCGGCUGCUGCUGCUGCUGCUGCUGCAACCACAGAAAGCCAAGUUGCCGAAGCCGUCGCUGCACCAGCGCCGGAUGAGGGGCAAUAGCUGUGGGCCAACAUACAACCCGCCAAUGCCCACUCUGUGCAGUCAUGUCUGGUUGUCCCUGAUCCCCCCUCCAAGCCCGCCUGCCGAUCUGGCUGCCAACCGUGUUGGCUGUCUUGUUGGUGCGCCGGGCUCGGAUGCAGGAGCCUUGUGAGGCUGCUGCUGUGUCAAUGUCAUGUUCGUGUCGUCCCGGCGUCUGGCAGCUGUCCGUGUCCCAGGACAGGUCGUGCCGCUGAUAUGUAGCCUUAUUAAACAUUUGAAAUGAUUUGUGUUGCGUCUC